UCUCAGAUACAGUGUAAAAAUGGUCACUGUAAACCAAAAUUUUGGCUGUGUGAUGGUGUGGACGACUGUGGAGACAACACGGACGAAGAAAACUGUGAAACAUGCAAAGGGCAGUUUUCCUGCAAAAAUGGCCGCUGUAUUGCAGAGAAUUUGAAGUGCAAUGGAAAAGAUGAGUGCGGUGAUGCGUCUGAUGAGUCCAAAUGUGAAAAAUCUUUGGUGCUGCAGACAUGCUCAGAGUUCACCUUCCAAUGCAAAAACAAACUCUGCAUCAGUAAAAUGAACCCAGAGUGUGAUGGAGUGCAGGACUGUACCGACGACUCUGAUGAGGAUAACUGUGAGUGCGGGAUAAGGCCGUACCGCAGCUCUCGCAUCGUGGGAGGACAAGCGUCUCGGGAGGGCGAGUGGCCCUGGCAGGUCAGCCUCCACUUCAAGGGAAUGGGACAUGUGUGUGGAGCCUCUGUGCUGAGCAACCGCUGGCUGCUGACCGCCGCUCACUGCGUCCAAGACAACAUCACCGUUGAUGAGAAUUCAAUCUCCAACUAUAACAGAGACAUUUUCUCCUUAGAGGCUGAAUUCAGACUUUCAAAGUGUGAAUAUGUCAUUACAAGUUCCGGGGCGUCCGUACUGCAGAAGGCAGCAGUCCGGAUCAUCAACAGCACAGUGUGCAAGAGUCUCCUGACAGACCCGGUGACCGACAACAUGCUGUGUGCUGGAGUCCUCAAAGGAGGCGUGGACGCCUGCCAGGGUGACUCUGGUGGACCCCUGUCUUUCACCAGCACCAAGGGGCGGGUCUUCCUGGCUGGUGUGACGAGCUGGGGCGAAGGCUGCGCUCGCAAGAACAAACCUGGCGUCUAUACCCAAGUUACCAAAUAUCGCAACUGGAUAAAAGAAAAUAGUGGAGUGUAGGAACAGGAACGUGCACAGGUUCUCUGGAUUACGGGUGUUUGUCUUGGAUUCACUGUGAAAUGCGAAGCACCAAAACGGCUCUGCAUGUAUUUUCUCUGCAGCACAUGCACAAAACUUUGCAACAUCCAACAUAAACUGUCUUGUUGAGAAUUGUGAGUUGCUAUCAGGACUUUACCCUUACAUCAGAACAUAUCCAUUCUCAUCCACUGCCUGUUUUUAUAUGAACUGCCUUGUUGUUUCCAGAGUGUAAAAGCUGCACUUUCACCAUGUUAUUUUUGUAAGGAUAUUAAUCACCCAUCAGGUCUGCUCUUCUGUGCCCUGCUAAUUUGCACUGCUUUUGGUAAAUUGUGGUGGAAGUUUGUGACGCAUCCUGGCCCCACAUAUGUUCUUUGUGAAGGUGAGCUGACUUGUAAAAAAUGGUGCUUGAAAUAUUCUCGGGGCUUAAUAGGAUAUUCAUAGUAGAAUAUUGUGAAUAUUCAUUGCUUACUUACAUUCAAAUUGCAAAUAUCUUCAAGGCUCAGGACUUUUAUUUUAAUUAUAACAGAAUUACAAAUUUAACUGAUUUAGUUGAACAGGAUAAAGGCUUGAAGGUAAGGCCAAAUAAAUAUGAUCUCAUAAUAAAAGGUUUACUUUGGGGGCUCAGGGUUUUUUGUCAUUAGCUAACCCAGUUCUUCAAAUUCAUCUAGAAGUCUAAUUUAUUUAUUAGGGAGAAAAAGUUCUCUGUUAAUGUUAAUUAACUUUUAAAUUAACAUUUGAAGUAAAUAUAAUGAGAGGUGGCACUGGAAUAGAAUAGAAUAGAAUAGAAUAGAAUAGAAUAGAAUAGAAU